AUGCAGCCCACCCGCGUGCUCCAGGCCCUGCGCUAUCGCAGACUGCGGCUCACCACCAAGGACGUCAACAAGGGCUACUACAAGGGCACAGGCACCGGGUCCACGGGUCGGCACACCAAGCACGGCGGAUACAUUAUCGAGUGGGACAAGGUGCGGACAUACGUCUGCCCGCCGCUGGAUGGCUUCAAGCUCACGCCGUUUGUGACGAAAAACAUGAGCAGGACGUACGGCAGCUACGAGACCAAACUUGGGCCGAAGGAUCCAGCCACUUAUCUUGCGCGGUGGAAGGCUGAGAACGGGCUGGAUUAA